CCAAUUCAAAACCACAUGCCACUUUCUGCACUCCCCCCACAAGCCACAGACAGCGUGAAGAGUGAGAGAGGUAGAGACAAGAGGGAGAAUCACCCAGAGAGGAAAAACAGCAGAACAGAGAAGGUGUUAAGCAUGCCAGCAUAUGCCACCAACAUGAGGCUCAAGUUCCCCAUUCUGGCCUUAAUCCUGGAAGCCGUGACCAUCGUCCUGUACGCUUUGCUUGUGGUAUAUGACACCGGUGAUGCUCACGGACAUGAUGGGACUCAUGAAGAAUCGAAUACAACUCAUUCAAGCGGCCCAAUGACCCUUUAUCCCAUGUUUCAGGAUGUACACGUGAUGAUCUUCAUUGGCUUCGGUUUCUUGAUGACCUUCCUAAAGAGAUAUGGCUUCAGCAGUGUGGGCAUCAACAUGUUGCUGGCUGCCUUUGGCUUGCAGUGGGGUCUUCUCCUCCAGAACAUCUGGCAUAUGCAUGACGGAAAAAUAACAGUCACCAUUGAAAAAAUGAUUAAUGCUGACUUCAGUACAGCAACUGUUCUGAUCUCAUUUGGAGCGGUUCUGGGAAAAACUAGCCCUGUCCAGCUUCUCAUCAUGACCCUGCUAGAGAUCACUACCUUCUGCAUCAAUGAGCAUUUGGUUGUGGGACUCCUUGAGGUUUCUGAUGUUGGUGCCUCUAUGACUAUCCAUGCUUUUGGGGCUUACUUUGGAUUAGCUGUCGCCCGUGUUCUUUAUCGCCCUGGUCUCCGGAACGGCCAUGAGAACGAAGGCUCAGUCUAUCACUCAGACUUGUUUGCAAUGAUCGGCACAGUCUACCUGUGGAUGUUCUGGCCCAGCUUUAAUUCUGCUAUUGCUGAACCUGGUGAUGCUCAGCUAAGAGCUGUCAUCAACACCUAUUUCUCUCUGGCUGCUUGUGCCCUCGCUGCCUACGCUACCUCCAGUCUGGUGGAGAAGAAGGGGAAACUUGACAUGGUUCACAUUCAGAACGCCACGCUGGCUGGAGGUGUCGCUGUGGGUACCUGCGCUGACAUGAACAUCCAGCCGUUUGGAGCAAUGCUGAUCGGAAUCACUGCAGGCAUUAUCUCCACCGUUGGAUUUAAGUUCCUCACUCCCAUACUCGCCUCUAAACUUGGAAUCCAAGACACCUGUGGCGUGCAUAACCUCCACGGCAUGCCAGGAAUCCUAGGGGGCCUUGCUGGUAUUGUUGCGGCAGCACUAGGAAAGAAAGACAAUGUAACUGCAACUAAACAAGCAUGUGGUUUGGCAUCAUCUCUGGGAUUUGCUUUGGUGGGUGGGUUGAUCACAGGCCUGAUUAUGAAGAUUCCAUUCUGGGGGCAGCCACCUGAUCAAAACUGCUUCGAUGACUCAGUCUUCUGGGAGGUACCUGAGGAAGAAGAGGAAAACGAAGAGCGUUUGACUCACGGCGAUUAUUCCAAGACCAAAGAGGAGGCUUGAAGCUCUGCUCAGAUCCAGCUCACGUCACAAAUCAAGAGACCCAGUCCAACAAGCAACUCAGGGGCAUCUAUUCUAUUCUCUAAAAUCCUCAACAGUGAACACACCAGAAGUACUAAGAGAUGUCAAUUUUUUAUUUUUAUUUUUUUGUAAUGGGUGCUUUUUUUUUUCUAAAUACAUGUAGCUAAAUAAUAAAAAAAGACACCUGCAACUCAUAUCAUGACACUGAGAAGUGGCAUCUCAAACCUUCUAUGUUAUAAAAUUAAAUGUAAGAAGGUUUCAAAUUAUUACCAAAAAGUCACAAAGCUAACUCAAUUUUUUUCGUCGUCUGCUGAACUACACAUAACUGAGUAGUUGCUCACUGUAAUGCACCAAAAAUCUGAGCCGAUUUUGCUUAAGUGUCUGUUCUCAAAGUAGCUCAUUUUACUUUGAAUAAGCUUUUUUAUUAUUAUUUUGUACAGACCCAACUUUUAUCAUCACUAGAGAUUUUGACCAACGCUCUUUUCAUGUUUUUAACGGUCAUACAUAUUAGUCCCCAUCCAACGAGAGAUCCUUCAACUUUCUGGCAACAAGUUGCUUAUUACUGUGAUCAGUAACAACCCUUUAUGCAACGAUAUAUGAAGUAUUUUAAGCUAUUGUAUCCUAAAGAACUAACAAAUAUAUUGUCGACUUUUAUAUUUUCACACAAUUUCUAAUACUCUAAUAUGAACUCAGCCAAAUACAGUGGCCCCGGAAAGUAACUAAAUAAGUCACAUUUAAAAUUCUAUAUCAACUAUCAAAAAUACAAUAUUAGUAUGUAUUUCAAAGAAAGAUAAUAACUAAGCACACGUUUUCAGAUUAGUGGAACGUGUUCAUGGUUUGUGUGAUUAUCUUCAGCUGUUGUUGGACACCUGAGUGAACUUGAAGAACUUCAUACUUCCAUUAAUGGACCCAGGGACCAGCUGAUUAAAAGUAAUGACAUAAAUGACUAAGAAAUGAAAUUAAUUCAUCUUUCAUCAUUUGUUUGUCAGUGUAGCGUCAAAAAAGAAGUGUCCAAAUGCAUUUUGGGGCCACUGUACAUUUCCAUCUUUGAAACGUAUUAUUGUAAAACUGAUCUCAUACAGUUAGCCUUAAAUAAAAGCUCAUUUACUACAGUACUUGAACGUUCAGCUCAGUACAAAUAAGCAGACGUGAUCAGACUGUCACAGCUUGUACUUUGUAAGACUACUAAAGCCAUGUUUUUAACGAUAAAGAGGAUGUUAUCCUUGCAGACAGUCUUACUGCAAGCUGACUUACUGAUUCAACUUUUGUGAAUGUAUGUGUUCUCAUACGCCUCACCUCAUCACUUAAUUGUAUUUGAAAAGUCUGUGAAUGUAUUAAACUUUUAAUGUCGUUCAUAAAA